CCCGAAUUCACACUUCAAAAUGUGAUUAAUGAUAUAAUUUACGGUAUAAAUCAAUUGAUCUUCAAUCCUGAGUUUAAUAAGGUCAUCAUUCCAGUUUUAUUAGCUACUGAGUCAAUUGCAGUUAAGAUAAUUAGAGGCUUGGUUUCAUAUACAGAGAUUGAUUAUACAGCAUAUAUGGAACAGAUCACGAUAAUUAAAAACGGUGAGCUCAAUUAUGCUCAUAUCUUUGGUGGCACUGGUCCAUUGGUGUACCCAGCUGGUCAUGUUUGGAUUUACAGAUUUUUGUCAUGGUUAACUUUUGGUACUGAGAACGUUCCCCUUGGUCAAGCAUUCUUUGGGUGGCUAUAUGUUUUGACUCUGUUGAUUGUCUUUGGAAUUUAUUUGAGACUAGAUGUUCCACCUUGGGUGGUGUACUUGUUGGUUUUGUCCAAGCGGUUACAUUCAAUCUACGUCUUGAGACUGUUCAAUGAUUGUUUCACCACAUUGUUUAUGGUGUUGACUGUUUUAACAUUACAGAAUGCAACUGUUUUCAGACAAUCCAACAAAAAGCUUUCAAAAUUCUUGACAAAUCAAGUGAGCGCUGUGUUUUAUGGUGCUGCCAUCUCAAUUAAAAUGAAUGCCUUACUUUACUUGCCAGGGUUUUGUGUUGUUGUUUACUUUUUAAAUGAUGAAGUAUUAGUCAGGUCAUUAGUCCCAUUAGUUGUGGUUGGGCUUGUCCAAGUUCUGCUCAGUUGGAACUUCUUAUUUAGUGGUGAUGAGAUUAGAGCUAGCUACCUUGCUAAUGCGUUCGACUUUAAAAGAAAAUUCCUGUAUGAAUGGACCGUUAACUGGAGAUUUUUAUCAGAAGACAUUUUCAAUUCAAGCACAUUCCAUCACUUAUUACUAUUCAUUCACGGUGCCUUGUUGUUAGUUUUCAUUUUCACUAAAUGGGCAUCUCCUUAUUGUUCAGGAAAAUCCACAAAGGCAUUGAUCACUGAUUUAUUCAAGGUUUUCCAUCCAACAAUCUCACCAAACCAUGUUAUAAAUAACCCAACAAGAGCUCCUGUGUAUGUUGUUGGAGUUUUGGCAAGUUGUAACUUAAUUGGUGUUAUCUGUUCAAGAAGUUUACAUUAUCAAUUUUUGUCAUGGUAUAGUUGGUCUUUCCCAUAUUUACUAUAUUUGAGUAAUUUCCCUUGGUAUUUGUCUAUUUUUAUAUUUAUGGCUCAUGAAUGGUGCUGGAAUGUGUUUCCGUCAACCAAGUUGAGUUCAGGAAUACUAUUAUCUAUUAAUCUCUUUGUGGUGAUGGGAUAUUAUUUUAAUUCUAGA